AUGGCUCGCUCUACAACCCUCUUCGGCAUCGCUGGUGCCGUCGCCAUUGGCUCCGCCUUCACAAUCCUCUCCUCUCUUGGAAAGCGCAGUCUCUUGACCGUAGUCGCUUCAGGCAUAGCCCUCCUCGUCUUCGCCUCAACAAGACACAUUCAGCUUCUCUCACGUCGUAGUCCCAAACGAAAUGCGAGACUACAGGUAAAUGCCAGUUCGCAGGCUGUUCGCCGGCCGCCAAUGGACUACAACUUGUUUGUCCUCGGCUCGGGCGGGCACACCAAGGAGAUGCUCAUGAUGAUGGACGACGGCUCCCACGACUUUACCAACUUCCAUCGCCGCUACCUCAUCUCCAGCGGCGACGCCAUGUCAGAGAACCACCUCGAAGAGUACGAAGAUGGCCUCAAGACUCUGUGCAAAUCUCACAAAUCUUCACCCGGCACCUACGACAAGCGCAUCGUCACUCGCGCCCGCAAAGUCCACCAACCGCUCUGGUCAACGCCCUUGACCGCCCUGCUCAGCAUCCUCGACAUUUUCCCCGCGCUGCUCGUCCCGCCGGACAGUGAAGCAGGCAAGAAAUUGCGGUAUCCCAGCCGCGUCUUUUCAAACGGGCCGGCUACGGGAUUCUUUGUUGCGCUGGCGAUACAUUUGCUAAAGAUGUUUUACCUUGCUCCGGAGAGCUCUAUGAAGGUUGUAUAUAUUGAGUCUUGGGCUCGCAUCUCGACGCUGAGUCUGACGGGCAAGCUACUGUUGCACACUGGCAUAGCGGAUGUCUUUGUUGUACAGCACGAAGAGGUGGCGCUGCGGUACGGCGUGCAAAACGCUGGAGAAAUUGUGUUUAAUUCUCGCCGCUUGGAUGAUAUAGAACCAAGCCCCGUCAAAUGCUAGCAGACUUUUACCUCCUUUUAACCUUUAUACCUCAUAUCCCCAUCGUCUUUUCUCUUCAUACACAUGAUAUAAUACAAGAAAUGCCAAAAUCCGGCUUCUACACACAUUUAUAUACCCAUCUCAAUCAUACCGUCACCGGCACAGGCUGUGCCUCCGCCUCCACGCCAACCUCCUCAUCCUCCAGCCCAAACGUCUCAAUCUCGGAGCUCGCCCUGGCCUCCCGGUUGGCCGUCUCCUUGCCGGCCCAAAUCUUCCAGUUCUCAAACUCAUUGUCCUCGAGCUGCAUGCCAAUGUCCAGCCUCGUCUUUCCAAAGUAGGCGCCGACGUAGCGGGCCUCUUCGAUGGCUAUCCUCUUUUCGAUUUCUUCUUCCUGGCGCAGGCGGUAGAAUUCGCGGCGGACAAUGUCGUAUGCUUUGCGCUUGCUCAUGUUUUGGGUUUCCAUUAGCCACAGCUGUCGUUGGACCACGCUAGAAAUAAC